UUUAUUAGUUACAGCCAGGAAGAUUCAGAAUGGGUUACCCAAACCCUUUUACCACGCCUAGAGCACGAAACAUUGGGCUAUCAAUUAAAACUCUGUAUUCGCGAUCGUGACUGUUUAAUUGGAUCCUCAACUAGUGAACAGAUUGUUGCAUGUGUAGAAAAUAGCCGUCAUACAAUAUUGAUUCUGUCUAAUAAUUUCUUGAGAAGUGAAUGGCGUCAAUUCGAAUUUCGCACUGCUCUUAGUGAAAGCGUUAGUGGGAACAGACGACAUAUGAUUAUAGUGUUAUUGGAAGAUAUUAAUAUGACCAAUAUAGACCCAGAUUUAAAACGUUGUUUGAAGACAAGGACUUAUAUCAAA